GUCGAUUUGCAUUCAUUAUUCAUUAUCAAUCACUAAGAGAGCCCUGGGGAAUUGUGUCUGAUUAAGGCUCACUUUUGGGGAGCGGUAUAUAAAGGUGAGCAGAUCUCACGUACACGUACGCUCCGCAUCAACUACCGAAACAGAUUCCUCUCCGAGCUCGUCUUCGCGCGGUGGUUUAUUUUCUCAACAGACCGUCUGGAAUCAUCACAGGUGAGCGCCUUCGUUCAGAAGCCACACUCGGCUGCUGUAGAGAUGGCACUGCGCGGUCAAAGCCUGGUUCUGCUGCUGCUGGCGUCGGCGCUGCUGGUGUCGCUGACGCACACACAGCACUGGUCCCACGACUGGAAACCCGGAGGGAAACGCGACCUGGAGGCCAUGAGACCACUGCUGGAGCAGGAGCUUGAGGCGCCGAACAGCGCGUUCGAAUGCGACGGACCCGAAUGCGCCUUCGCUCGAGUGCCGACUGGUGAGCUCGUCAGGGAGAUCGUGAGUUACCUCUCGCAGAAGAAUUAUCAAAGGAAAGUUCUGAAGUAAAAGCCCCGCGUCUCAAGCUGCAGAUGAAGACAAUCAACGCUCCCGACAAUUCGAGAAGUUCCUCGAGAGCGCCACGUGACACGAACCCUGUCAAUGAAAUGCCCUCGCUGUGGUCUGUGACGUCUCUUAGACCCUUUGUGUUUAUUUAAUUCUUCAUCGCCGCUCAGCGUAUCGUCAACAUGACCGUGGCCAUAUGCGUUUAUGUGCACCAUACAUAGUACCGUGUUCCAGAGUGGCUGUGUGUAGGUGGCGUACACUUUGUUAUUAUUGGUCACGAACAGGCCACGCGUAACAACAAGGCGUUGUCCGUGAAUAAAGUUGUUAUAAGCGAUGA